ACAUAAGAAUCAAGUUACAUACAUCCUCCCAAGCAUGAAACACCUGCACUCACCGUGUUACUUCUUAGAAACACUACUCAACCUCCUUGUUUUGUGUUCUGGCUUUUCCCUGAUUAGAAGAUUGGAACUAUCUCACUUUCUUUCGUCACUUUACAACCUCUGCUAAUUUAGCAUUAUCAUAACACCGCAGAAACAGACACCACUCCAUAGUUGUACUAGAAGCCAUUCCAAACGCUUAAAAAUGGCAUUAGUCCUCACAACUCACAAGACCAUCACAAGAACUCAAGCAUGGCAAGGUUGGGUUCCAGAAACAAAUCAUCCUUAUGGCUCUCCGAUGGGUGCUGCUUCCUCACAGGAGCACUCUCAGCUCUUCUCUUAGUCUGGGGCUUGUGCUCCUUCAUCAUCCCCUUCCCAAACACCGAUCCCAAGCUCAACUCGGUUGCCGCGAAGCUCAAGUCACUGAAUUUACCUCGAAACCAAAUCACCACCAGCUCUGCCCAGGAUUUACUGUAUGACUCGCCGGAAACCACCUUCUACGACGACCCGGAAAUGAGUUACACCAUGGACAAGCCCGUCACCAACUGGGACGAGAAGCGGAGACAGUGGCUGCUGCACCAUCCUUCAUUCGCCGCCGGAGCAAGCGACCGAAUCCUCCUCGUGACAGGGUCGCAGCCGAAGCGCUGCCACAACCCCAUCGGCGACCACCUAUUGCUACGGUUCUUCAAGAACAAGGUGGACUACUGUCGCAUACAUGACAUAGACAUAAUCUACAACAAUGCCCUCCUGCACCCGAAGAUGAACUCUUAUUGGGCCAAGUACCCGGUGGUUAAGGCCGCGAUGAUAGCCCACCCGGAGGUUGAGUGGAUAUGGUGGGUGGAUUCCGAUGCGGUUAUAACCGACAUGGAGUUCAAGCUCCCGCUCAACCGUUACAACGAGUUCAAUCUCAUUAUACACGGAUGGGAGGAUCUGGUUAAGAAGAAGCAUAGCUGGACGGGCCUAAAUGCGGGCGUUUUCCUAAUGCGGAAUUGUCAAUGGUCCUUGGACUUCAUGGAUGUUUGGGCUGCGAUGGGCCCGUCCAGCCCGGAUUAUAAAAAGUGGGGUGAGAAAUUAAUGGCAACGUUUAAAGAUAAAGUCAUCCCCGACUCAGACGAUCAAACCGCGCUGGCUUAUCUGAUCGCGAUGGGGGAGGACAAGUGGACGGAGAAGAUCUACUUAGAAAAGGACUACUAUUUCGAAGGGUACUGGGUGGAGCUGGCUAAGAUGUACGAGAAUGUGAGCGUGAGGUACGAUGAGGUGGAGAGGAGGGUGGGAGGGCUGAGGCGGCGGCACGCGGAGAAGGUCAGCGAGCGGUAUGGCGAGAUGAGGGAGGAGCAUGUGAAAUAUUUUGGGCAGUGGAGGAGGCCUUUCAUCACGCACUUCACUGGGUGUCAGCCUUGCAAUGGGCAUCACAAUCCUGCUUAUGCUGCUGAUGAUUGCUGGAAUGGCAUGGACAGGGCUCUCAACUUUGCUGAUAAUCAGGUGCUGCGAACCUAUGGUUAUGUGCGUCGUAGUUUGAAUGAUAAGGCUGUAACUCCAAUACCCUAUGAUUAUCCUGCUGCAUGAGUAACAAAUCAUGGUACAUGAUAAUGCUAUAAUAACAUAAUGAUGAUUAUAUA